AUGGGUAUCCCACAUCUCAUAUCGACGCUCGAGCCGUACGCCCAGCAUGUGGCGUUGGAGCGUGUAAAUGUUGUGGUGGACGGGCCUGGGCUGGCGCAUCACAUCUUGCAUGUGUGCCGCCUCAAUGGCGUCGAGCAUCCUUCCUAUCGCUUGCUGGGUGAAACAGCUGUAGAUUGGCUUGACCAACUAGUUUUCCAGAGGGCAGACAUAAACAUGAUUUUCUUUGAUGGAUAUUUACCGAAGAGCAAGCUCCCAGUUCGCAUGCAGAGAGCUGUCAAAAGCACCUCUCAACUUGCUUCAUUCUAUGGCUACAAUGGCCGUGGUUGUCCGAGAUGUCACAUUUUCGAGCCCGCCGAGUCGGUCACGAUCGACCCGUUCAAGAGUGGGAGACUAGAAAUCAAGCCGCUCGAAGCGCCAAGCUUCCUGGUACCUGCAGUGAUUGAGGGACUGCAGCGCUCCAAAAGGUACAAGCCCAUUGUAAAGGUUGUUCCCGGGGAGGCGGACGGCUAUUGCGCAAUGGCUGCUGCAGACAUUGGUGGUGUCGUGAUCACGUCCGACUCAGACCUCCUGGUGCACGAUCUCGGCGCUGGUGGCGUCGUGCUGCUGCGAGAUAUGUACAAAGACGACGAGGGCGUGGUGUGCGCUGCCGUGUACCGCACACGGGAUAUUUUUCGCGCCCUCGGCCUCUCUGGCAUCGCCGACAUUCGUCGCUUUGCCUACGAGCGUUUGUGCUCGGUGCACACCAGUACCACGAUGCUGGUACGGGCUUGUUCAGAGCCUGUCAAGGACGAGCAGGCCUUCAAGGAGUUUUGCGCGCAGUACGAAGAAGAAGAACGCGCCGUGAUUCCCACAUUCAACCUGGGAGACAAACUUAUGCUACAUGGGCUCGACCCGCGCUGGUCGGAGCUGCUACUACAACUGUCGCAAAGCCGGUCCAAUACGACGCCAUAUGCAUUUCGCAUGUUCCUCCCAGUCCUCAUUGACAGCACAGAAAAGGGCACGGCCUGGGAAAACAGCAGGGGCAUCCGGCAACUGGCGUACUCGCUUGCACGCAACAUGUUGGUCCCCGGCAGCUCUGGCGCUGUACACGAAUACCGCAGGGUCCAGACACCCGACCAAAGCGGCCGCCAGGUGGCUAUGCUCUCGCAAUCGGCCAUCCACACCGAAGUUGCACACCUAGCAGGUACUCUAAACAAGCUUGCCAGGAGCCGGUCGGACAAGCGAGACGCCAUGUACUGGCUGCUGGCGUACAUGACUCUCGACAUUCACGGAUCCGAGGCGGAUGGGAGAUCACCCUUUGCUGUAGACAUGCUGCAGCGCGCAGAAUGGCCAGACGACAAGACGAAGACAAUCUCGUGGCGCUUUGUCCAUUUUGUGGCUCAACUGCAGGCGGCGUACUACUCCCUACGGAUGCUCAAGCAGAUUGUACACGUCAGCAUGCUAGACGCGCAAAGAGUGGCUGGCUCGUCCUUUACGAAGCUGGCCCACGCGCUACGCAAGCUGCCACUGUUGGAAGAAUCACCAAACGCGAGAAGCGUCUGUGAAUUGCUCCGUACUGCCCCAGCGGCCGAAACUGGAGGCAUAUUGAGUCAAUCUUUCGAGCUACCAGACCCACAGGCCGAGUACAAGAUCAUACCUAGUAAGCGGUGCAAGAAGCAGAAAAGUGAUAGCGCCGUCUCAAAGAAAUCAACGAAAGGCUUAGCAACGAGUAACAUGUUCGGAUUGUUACCUGUCGAAUAA